AUGGGUGACCCCGCUGACACUUGGCCAUCGGGUAAAGAACACUACCAGAUUGAGGGAAGCAUCGGAGUCGGUGCAACGGCUACUGUGUAUAAAGCCUUUUGUGUCCCUCGAAACGAAAAAUGCGCCAUCAAGUGCAUAAAUUUGGAAAAAUGUCAAACUUCGGUAGAUGAAUUAAGCCACGAGAUUCAGGCGAUGUCGCAGUGUGCUCAUCCAAAUGUGGUCAAUUAUUAUGCUUCGUUCGUUGUUGGAGAGGAGCUUUGGGUUAUUAUGCGCCUUCUCUCGUGUGGAUCGAUGCUUGAUAUUCUGAAAAGAAAAAUAAAGGCUAUGGGAAAAGAACAAGCAAUGUACGGCGUUGUGGAUGAGGUGUCUAUUGCGACGAUAUUGCGGGAAGUUUUAAAAGGGCUUGAGUACUUCCAUUCAACGGGACAAAUCCAUCGUGAUAUAAAGGCUGGUAACAUCUUAAUCGCGGACGAUGGAACUGUUCAAAUUGCUGAUUUUGGAGUUUCUGGAUGGCUUGCCGCGUCAGGAGGCGAUUUGAGUCGACAGAGAGUCCGACACACUUUCGUUGGAACGCCCUGCUGGAUGGCACCCGAGGUGAUGGAACAGGUUCAAGGAUACGACUACAAGGCUGAUAUUUGGAGUCUUGGGAUAUUGGCGAUUGAGCUGGCAACUGGAACGGCACCCUACCACAAAUACCCACCAAUGAAGGUGUUGAUGCUCACCCUACAAAAUGACCCUCCAAAUUUGGAAACGAACACUGAAAAGAAGGACCAAUACAAAGCAUAUGGGAAGAGUUUUCGAAAUUUGAUCAAGGAUUGCCUUCAGAAAGAUCCAACUAAACGCCCAACAGCUUCCGAAUUAUUGAAGUACUCAUUCUUCAAGAAAGCCAAGGAUAAAAAAUAUCUCGCGCAUGCGUUGAUCGAAAACCUUGCCGCUUUCCCCGUUGCCAACACCUCCAGCUCAUCCAAAAAGGUAGCAUCGGGUAAACUAAAGAAAAAUCCACAAGGUGAAUGGGAAUUUGAAUAUGACAGCAGUGACAGUGAUGAGGAAGAGGAGGGUAAAUCGCAAGAGACAGUAAAACAAGAGCCUAUCGGUGAUGGAGCCGAGGGUCCGACGCUAAAUUUGGUUCUCCGCGUGAGAAAUCAACAACGUGAGUUAAACGACAUCAAAUUUGAUUACACACCGCAAUGUGAUACGGUUGAUGGAAUAGCACACGAAUUGGUGACAGCUGAGUUGAUUGACUGUCAUGAUCUUGUCAUUGUGGCUGCGAAUCUAAGAAAACUAAUUGAGUUAGCUGAGAAGAAAUCCGACAAACGGGGUGUGACUUUUGCUCUCAAUUCUGGUGUUGCUCCCAACGAGAUUCCCGAUGAACGAACGUUGACCGGAUUCGCUCAAAUCUCCCUAAUCGAU